GAGAAAGGAAAUUAUGGUGGACGCGAUGUUUGGCAUAGUUAAAUCUGUGUGUGCGUGUGAAGUUUUGAAAACAGCUGAUAAAAUAUAAAAUGUCAUUAUACUUAAAGUGUCAAUGAUCCUGUCCACCAGGUGGUAUAGACUGUUGACAGCUGUGUCAGUAAGAUGAGGUCCUCCCUUGGCGUUGUGGACGUGUCCACGCUGAGUGUGAUGGCGCAGGACCAAGACAACGGCUCGUGUCUAAUACUUGGCGACAAGGAAUUACCCAGCGCCUACACUGGUGGCAACACGAGUGCGGUCGUGUUCUGGACCAUGGUGAUCUGCAUCUGGGGCCUGAUUAUCAUUGGCACUGUCCUCGGUAUCCCUGGCAACAUCCUCAGCGCCGCGGUCUUCUACAGACAGGGUUUGCGGGAGAGAAUCAAUCUCUGUCUCUUCUCUCUGUCUAUCAUCAACUUAGUCUUUCUAGUAUCACUGGUCUCAACUAGCGCUGAAUACCUGUACAGACACACCAUCGGACCUUCAUGGGUCGUAACUCCCUACCUAUCAUGUGAGUUUUUUAUCCUUAUUUUUAUUGUCUGAUUUUUUGUCGUUUAUAAUUCCUUAGUUUACAAGAAUUCAUAUAAACGCAUAUUAACAAUAUCAAAGACUUUAAACAGCGUACAGAAAGAGCCUCGUCCUGAGAUGAAAUGGAGAGUACAAAAAGUUUAAAGUAAUAAACCUUGUUCUGUGAUGAAGAGCUAGUUUUAGUAUUUCUAUUUAUCUGCUUGCCAUGGUAUGAUGCUGAGGAGAGUUCUCUAUUAUUGUGAUUAAUCAGCUUGUAGUUUUGUUUUGUUCUACCCAGAUGUUAAAUGUAAUUUCACAUGCUACGCAUCGUAUUGAAUGUCUUCCUGUACAACAAAGGUUUUCAUGGAGCAUUGUGGGCCUCUCAGUUCCUGUCGGCGGUGAUCGCCAGUGAGCGGUGUUUCUGUGUCGUCAGUCCCUUCCACGCCAAGAGGCUGCUCAAGACGUCCACCAUGGCCGCCAUCAUCGUCGUCUGCUGUGUACUGUUAAUCGGGGGAAUGUGCACUAUCGUGGUUUCCAAGCAUAAAAGCGCCUGUGUAUUUGACCCCAGUACUAAGGUCACGGAGCAAGCAGAGUACAUAACAGAGUUCUAUCAGAAGAAUAAAGGUAUAAUUGACAUCUUCGACAUCUUCAUCUACUCCACUGGACUGUCGGGAAUUUUCCUUGUUGUCAUUAUCAUCUCCACUUGCAUCACCGCCGUCAAACUUCGGGCUGCUCUCUCCUGGCGUCUCACCACCGCUUCCGAGACAACGACGUCUGCUACAGCGACAACAUCGACAGACAGGAAGAUGAAAAGUAAAGAAGUGAACUUGACGUUGAUGCUGAUGGCAACGUCUGUAUGGUUCACCGUGUGCAUGGCGGCAAACUUCCUCAUUCAGAUAUGUAGACUCACAGUUCCAGGUUUCAACUAUGGCGGAGAAUACUUUUUGUUAAUAUCCCCUCUUUUUCGGAUUAUCUAUUUGCUUUGGGCAGUAAACACAUCUAUGAAUUUCGUUUUAUAUUACAAAAUGGGUUCGAAAUUCAGAGAUACAAUGAAUGAGUUGUUGAGGCUAAAAUGCAUCUACGCACAUUAAUUAAUAUCACCCUUAAGUUUUUGCUUCUGGGAUUAGAUAUUAUAAUUAAAUUUAUCGUAUAUGCUCCACCACUUAUUUUCGCUUGAAAUCCUCUCACUUUUGUUACAAAUACGUUCAUCCGUUCUAGAUUGGUACAGGCAGCCUUACAUUUGCGUUUGUUUUCUUGACAACACGAUAGCUAUCUUCUUAUGAUGUCCUUUAUUCUUAAACCAAAUAACACAAACUUUAGAAUUAUAUGUCAUUCAUACGUUUUUCACGCAGUUAGCCUCAAAACCUGUACAUCGGCCAGUCGAGGAAAACGAUUCCAUUCGGACACUGCGAGUAGACAGACACCUCUUACAUCUUGGACUGUCACUUUGUCGAGUGAUGAUGCUACCUGCAGUUUACCCGGGCUUGCAGGUGAACAUUGUGCUCAAACAUUCUAGCAUAUUCUUUAACCGUCUAACAGCUAGCUUAAAGCAUCCCAUUCAUUCCCUUAGUUCUGAGUCAGCUAAACAGGGGUUGAAACUAAGCGGCGCGGACUGGUUUGUAAUACUCUAACAACUAGAGAAACCAUUUAUUCCUGCAACACAGAAAUUUCUACCUCGCUAAGAUUCUUGUUCUUUUGGAUAGAAGUCCAAAUUAAACCAGAGUAUUUCUUUGCAAACACAAUGCCACUAACUGUAGCCCUGUUGUGACAAAGCAGAUGACUCGUCUUUAGGGAUUUGACCAUUCCUUUGAAGACACAAUAAUCCUGUGGGUCAUUUCUUAGUGUUGACAAGGGGCACUCAAAGGACGGGGUAGAGGUAAGGGACGGAGAGCUGUGGACACUAAUAUCCAGUGAGAUCUUGUCUCUUUAAUGAAAGUCUUAUGAUCUCAGUCUGGCUCCCUCAAUGUGUGUGUAAACAGACUAUAAUCGACAUCUGUUUUGUCUGAAAUCUCUUCCACUAUUGGUGCUCACAACGUAAGAAGGUUUGAGGAAUUCAUCAUUUUUUUUUUUAAAAUAAGGUGAAUUUCAAAGUUAGACAAUGUUAAUUAUUUGUCAAAUAUGUUUCUUCACACAUUUUGUUUGUAAAAUUCUGUUAAAAUAGAACUGAGCUUUUGCGUUAACACCCUUUAAAUUUUUGCUACGUUGAGAAAAUCUGAUUGCCUUCG